CAAAAGAUCGACUCGAUCUGCUCGCAUCGACCGCUUGGGGCGUCGUCGCUGCCACCGGAGCCUCCGCCACCGGUGUCCCACACCGGAGCUGCCGCAGGGCGCCGCGGCCGGCAACGCCAUCCCGCGCUGGACCUCUUCUUCUCUCCUUCGCGAUCUCGCGGUGGGAUUGCAGUGACCGAGUGAAGGAGACCCAAAGGAGAGGGGAUAUCCAGGCACCAGAGAGGAGGCGACGGAGGAGGAGGAAGAAGGUGGCCUCGCACGCAUCAGCUUCAUCCUUCCCAUGCCAGACUCGCCCACGUUCUGUUGCUGUUCUUGAUCCAACGCUCCGGUGCACACAAGGUGUUUGAGUUGAGAAUGGAUAGGAGUUGGAUGCGAGCAGCAAGGUCUUCCGCCGAGUAUUCUGAAGGAACUAGCAACUUCAUACAAUUUGCUUUCCGUGAGUCAGCAAAAAAUAGUAGGAUUCUCUGCCCUUGCAAGAUAUGUGUAAACUCUCGUUGGUUAGGUGAGCAUGAAGUCUAUGAUCAUUUGAUUUGCGAUGGAUUCAUGUCCGGAUAUACCAUAUGGAUUCACCAUGGAGAAAGUAUGCGGCCCUCCGAAGCAAUUACUGCUCCUAGUUCACAGUUUGAAGAAUAUGCUGAUAGUGAUGAGAUGGAUGAGAUGCUACUAGAAGGAUUUGGAAUGUACGAUACUCGUACUUUAGGAGAGGAGCAAGAGUCUGAAGAUGAUUUGGACGAUGAUGCUGAGGCAUACUAUAGAUUAGUUAAUGAUGGACACCAAGAGUUGUACCCAGGUUGCAAAAGAUUCUCGAAGCUGCAAUUUUUGGUGAGGUUGCUUCAUAUCAAGAAUAUGAGGGGAAUGAGCAAUGUAUGCUUUGAUGAGGUAUUGACGCUAAUUAAGGAGGCACUUCCAGAAGGUCAGGCGUUGCCCAAAAAUUUUCAUGGGGCCAAAAAGUUUGUGAAAGCCAUUGGUAUUGGAUAUGAUAGUAUAGAUGCAUGCAAAAACGAUUGCAUUCUAUUUAGGAAGGAACAUGCUGAUGCCAUAUCAUGUCCAGUGUGUGGCACAAGUAGAUGGAAGAGCGUAAAUACUGGAGUUGAUGGAAGGCGUGUCCACAAGGUGCCUCAAAAGGUGGUUCGUCAUUUCCCGCUAAAGAAGAGACUCCAAAGGUUGUUCGCUUCUACAAAGACGACAUCAGAUAUGAGGUGGCACAGCGAAGGCCGCACAAAGGACGGCUUGAUACGACACCCAGCUGGUUCACCUGCAUGGAAACACUUUGAUGCUAUUCACAAAGACUUCAGUUCAGAAGUUUGCAAUGUUAGAUUUGGAUUGGGAGCUGAUGGUUUCAACCCUUUUGGAAAUAUGAAUCUCUCAUAUAGCAUAUGGCCUAUCGUCUUGAUCCCCUACAACCUUCCUCCAUGGAUUUGUAUGAAGCAAUCAAACUUUAUCCUCUCUGUCAUCAUUCCUGGUAAAAAAUCUCCAGGGAAAGACAUGGAUGUUUACAUGCAGCUGACCAUAGAUGAUCUUUUGGAGCUUUGGAAUGAUGGAGUCUGGACUUAUGAUGCCUCUCGAUCUAAGAAGUUUCUCUUACGUGCCGCACUACUAUGGAAAUAAGUGAUUGGCCUGGGCGUGGAUCUUUGUCUGGAGAAAAUAUAGCAGUUUGCUCCCAUUGUCUAUCAGAGACAUGCUCUCUUUGGUUAAAGAAUGGACACAAGAAAUGCUAUAUGGGACAUCGCAGAUUCUUGGAACCUAAUCACGAGUUUCGAUUUGAUGCUGAGUCAUUUGAUGGUUUUGAGGAACAUCGAGAGCCUCCCGUUCCCCUUUCAUCACAUGACAUUUCAGUAUUGACAAAGGACAUGAAAACUACGUAUGGGAAGCUGCAGCAGAAGAGCAGCAGGAAGCGACACCGUAAUCAGGUAGAUGAGAAUGAUGCAAGCAUGCAGCAAGACACUUCAAUAUUCAGAAAGAGAAGUUGCUUCUUUCAGCUGCCAUACUGGGAAACACUUCUAUUGCGUCAUAAUCUGGAUCCUAUGCACAUAGAGAAGAAUGUGUUUGAGAACAUGGUGAUGAAACUGAAUCGGAAGAUGAAGAAGGUGAGUCUGGACAAGAAGAUGAACAUGAAGAAGAAGAGGAAGUUCGACAAGAACAGGAGAAAACACAUGGUUAGUUCUGAGGGCAUAAAAGAAUUUACAUGUGCUUGUUUUGCAUGGGCCUAAUGGUAGUUCCUAUCUGUUCACAUACCAGAAGUUGUAGAGAAGACUAGAAGAGGACCUACUCACAUGAGGCGCUUCUGGAAAGAACAUGAUGUUGAUAA